ACAACUGCGAUGUGAACGAAUCACUAUACACAAAAACUUGUUUAUUUCUUAUGUUCUUACUGGCGUAGCAUGGAUACUGUAUUACACCCUGGCAGCAUUAGACGGGGAAGUUCUUCUACAUAAUCCAGUAUGGUGCAGGUGCCUGCAUGUUUUAUGCCAGUAUUUUACUGUCUGUAAUUUUCUUUGGAUGUUCUGCGAGGGUCUCUAUAUAAACACAAUAAUGGUUUAUGCCUUUAGCUCAGGCAAGAAAUUAAUUGUGUGCUGUUAUAUCAUAGGCUGGGGUGUUCCAAUGGUAUUAACAGGUGUAUAUACUGGAAUCCGAAAUAACACAUUCCAUCUAACAGUAGAUUGCUGGAUUGGCGAAAGUACGUUACAGUGGAUCAUGUUUGGACCGGUGGUAUUUUCAAUAGUGGUCAAUGCCAUAUUUCUAAUCAACAUUGUGCGAUUGUUGGUUACAAAGCUUCGACAGAUGCCAGAAGCAGCUCAAACAAAAAAAGCAACAAGAGCUACCUUAAUUCUUGUUCCACUACUUGGUUUACAAUAUUUGCUGUUACCAAUACGGCCAUCUCAAGAUUCUAAAUUUGAAGAAAUUUAUCAUAUAUUGGUGGCUGUUUUAAUUUCCUCGCAGGGUGCUUUUGUUUCGUUGAUGUAUUGCUUUCUUAAUGGUGAGGUAAUCGGUAUAAUGCGCCGGAAGUAUAGACAACAUCGGCUUAUGACAACAACAAAACGCAGUAGUUUGAGAUCUUCAUCUGGUCCUUAUCACGGCAAUACAAUCACGGAUAAUGUGCCUUUACAACAUAAUGGUCAUAGUCUACAAACAAACAAUAAGUCUGAAGUGACAGAGAAAACCCGCUUAGACGAAAAUCUCUAACACAAAAAAAUGACCACGUAGAAGUUUAGAACUCGAAGAAGCUUGUCAAGAUUAUAUGUGAUCUCAUGAUGAAAACAAGAAAUGCUUAAAUGCAUAUGGCUAAUUUUAAGCAAACACACGUUUCUCUUAUAGGAGUAUGUUGACGGCGCUCAAGCUUAAAACAUAUUUGCAAUAAAUAUCAGUGCUUAAAUUUGUUAUUGCAUUCAAUAAAACCUUAAAUGUUGUUUUCAACUACAAUGUGAUUGUUUGACUACACUUAUGGCGAUGGAAAAUGACUAAGGACUGUUUAUUCACUUGUUUAAUAUAGUGUUGCAAUUUCUGUGUGAUAGAACGGUUAGUUAUUUAUUUAUUUUUGUCAAUUUAUUUUAUAUUAUUGACCAAAUUAUGACCUUAAACCAAAACAAACAAAAAAAUCAUCUAUUUCAUAAUUAUAAUUAUGGACAAACGUAAGGAUAGUAAAAUAUUUUUUAUCAAUUUAAACAAAUUAAAUAGGAAUUAUUUCGGAUGUCAGUAAUAUGUUUUUUUUUUCCAAAGAGCAACUGAUUAUAUUUAUUAAAUGAUAUAGUUAAAUAGUAAAAUAUUGUUUUGAUUCAAUCAUGUGUGUCUCCCAUUAGUAAUGAAACAACAGGUACAAUUGUUGUUCUGAUGUUUAUUCACAUAUGAACGAUAAUAAUUUAAUUAUUAUACCCCAGAAACGAAGUUUGGGGGGUAUAUAGGAGUCAAUCGGUGGUCGGUCGGUUGGUCGGUCGGUCCAGCGGUCCGUUGGAUUUUCUUUGUCCGGGGCCUAACUUGAAGACUAAUGGUUGGAAUUCAAUACAACUUCAUAAAAUGAUCAAGCACAUUGAGAGGAAGUGCAGUGCACAAGAACCAUAAGUCCAUCUUGACUAAUUACAGAGUUAUUGCCCUUUGUUACUUUUCCUUGUCCGGAGCAUAACUUGAAAACUACUGGUUGGAAUUCAAAACGACUUCAUACAAUGAUCAAGCAUACUCAGAGGCAGUGCAAUGCACAAGAACCAUAACUCUAUCUAAAGUAAUUACAGAGUUAUUGCCCUUUGUUUCUUUUUUAUUGCUUUCUUUUGUCCGGACCAUAACUUGAAGACUAAUGGUUUGAAUUCAAUACAACUUCUUACAAUGGUCAAGCACAAUAAGAGGAGGUGCAGAGUGCACAAGAACCAUAACAAUGUCCAUAGUUUUUGCCCUUAGUUACUUUUUAUUGUCCAGUGCAUUACUUGAAAAUUAAUGGUUGGAACUCAAUGAAACUUCAUAAAAUGGUCGAGGGCAGUGACAUGAAGUACAGUACACAAGAACCAUAACUCUAUUUGGACUAAUUACAGUUAUUACCCUUUGUUACUUUUUUGUCCAGUGCAUAACUUGAAAACUAGUUGUUGGAAUUCAAUACAACUUCAUACAAUGGUCAAGCCAAAUGAGAGGAAGUGCAGUGUACAAUAACAAUAACUCCAUCUUCAGUAUUUGUAAGUUAUUGCCCUUUGUUCCUUUUCCUUGUCCGGUGGCUUACUUAUGUUAGGAAUUCAAUGCAACUUAAUACAAUGGUCAAGCGCAAUGAGAGGAAGUGCCGUGCUCAAGAAGCGUAACUCUUUCUAGACUUAUUACAGAGUAAUUCAAUAAAACUUCAUCAAUGGUCAACCACAUUGAAAGGAAAUGCAACAUAAAAGAACCACAACUAUCUUUAAUUGCUCUAUUUCAAUUAUUUUGCAAAGUAGUCUGUUACUAGUGACGUCCUUAUUCCGAAGCAGUCUGGCAGGGGUAUUAAUCAAAUUUAGUGAUAGUUCUAGUUUAUUUAUUCAUAGUCUCAUCGUUGUUCAAUUUAAAACUAUGUUAAAACAAUAGAAUGUUUAAAAAAAUAAGUUAUAUUGCUAUUGAUAAUUUUGAAUAAUUUAUACUCUAAAAUUAUAAAUAGCAAAGUUUCAUAUACCACAGUUGUAUGUUUACAUGUAUACGUAUUUAUACAUAGAAGCUAGAUUGUUCUAGGUUAUUCUGAACCAUAAAUUUAAAGAAAAGAUUUAAGAUUUACAUCAAAAGGUGCAAGUUAACAAGAUAAAAAAUAGUUCAGAAGUCAAACGUCCCCUAUGAUCAGAUCAGAAUGAUAACCAAAUUAUAAACAACAACAUUCUAAGAUGCCAUUUAAGAACAACUCUUUAUCAAGACAUAGAAAGUAAAUGACACUACAUUAUGUCUAAAAUAUCCAGGAAUUUCGUGAUAAAUUAUUUUUGAUGCACAUACAUGUAUGUAUAUGCAACCACAAUCCAAUGUUAUCUAGCUAGUUACACUAAUGUGUCAAAUAUAGAGGAAUUAUCAAUUGGAAUUACUUUACACAUGUAAGUUUGUCGUUUCUAGAUCUUAAAAUAAAAACAUAUUUUGGUGAAAAUUCUUACCAGGCUUCUUUCAGCGAACAGCAAUAGCUUAUAACUUUUGAUAAAAGUCAUACAAUCAUGUGCACAGACUAAUGGUUUUUUUUCGAAAAGGGCUAUUUCUCAUAUCACAAUACAAAUUACAUUCAAGCAGUUAAUGCAGCUUUUUCUCAUUGGCACUAUAAUUAUUGGAGAUUACCUUACAAAAAGGACAGAAACGUCUUUUAACAUACGUACCUUCAUAUCCGUAAUGGGACAGCUACACUUCUAAAUUUACAUAAAGCUGAAUAAUGAUGUAGGACAUUUUGGAAUGAUUAUAUAACAAUAUCUUUCCACGCCAUAUUCUUGUGUA